CCAGACGCAGCGCGGCUCGGAGCGCGCACGGAGCCUCCUCCCGCAGCCGCCGCCAUGGCCCGGAACCGCCGGGACAGGAGCAGCUGGGGUAGUUUUGCAGACAAGACCUACGAGUGGAGCUCCGAGGAGGAGGAAUCCGUGAGGAAGGCAGGACCAGUGCAGGUCCUCAUUGUCAAGGAUGACCAUUCCUUUGAGCUGGACGAGGCCGCCCUGAACCGCAUCCUGCUCUCCGAGGCUGUCAGGGACAAAGAGGUCGUGGCCGUGUCCGUCGCCGGAGCCUUCAGGAAAGGCAAAUCAUUCCUGAUGGACUUCAUGCUGCGGUACAUGUACAACAAGGAUGCUGUGGACUGGGUUGGGGAUUACAACGAGCCCCUGACCGGUUUCUCCUGGAGAGGAGGAUCUGAGCGGGAGACCACCGGCAUUCAGAUAUGGAGCGAGGUUUUCCUGGUGGACAAACCCGACGGGACAAAGGUCGCGGUGCUGCUGAUGGACACGCAGGGGACCUUUGACAGCCAGUCCACCCUGAGGGACUCAGCCACCGUGUUUGCCCUCAGCACAAUGAUCAGCUCCAUCCAGAGCAGAGCUCGGUGCUGUUCCCAUGUAUCCCACAGCCCAGCUGACUGUCCUGUUCUUUCCUUCUCCUUCCAGCUUUUCACCGAGUAUGGCCGGCUGGCCAUGGAGGAGACAUUCCAGAAGCCUUUCCAGUCCCUUAUAUUCCUGGUUCGUGACUGGAGCUUCCCAUAUGAAUUUUCCUAUGGAUCUGAUGGUGGGGCAAGAUUUUUGGAGAAGCGGCUGAAGGUACGUUCUGUCUGCUCUGGGUUCCAGGCCAGGUUGGAUGGGGCUUGGAGCAACCUGGGAUAGUGGAAGGUGUCCCUGCCCAUGGCAGGGGGUUGGAACUAAAUGGUCUUUAAGGUCCCUUCUAAUCCAAACCAUUCCACGAAUCUGGAAGAAAUAGACGACGAAUUCAUCAAGAACUUGAAGAUUUUGAUUCCUUGGCUUCUUAGUCCCGAGAGCCUGGAUGUUAAGGAGAUCAAUGGAAACCAUAUCACCUGUCGAGGCCUUGUGGAGUAUUUUAAGGCAUACAUAAAGAUCUACCAAGGGGAAGAGUUGCCACACCCCAAGUCGAUGCUGCAGGCCACAGCAGAAGCCAACAAUUUAGCAGCAGUUGCCACUGCCAAAGACACCUACAGCAAGAAGAUGGAAGAGGUGUGCGGGGGGGACAAGCCCUUCCUGGCGCCCAGCGACCUGCAGAGCAAACACGCGGAGCUGCGGGAGGAGGCGGUGCGGCUGUUCCGGGGCGUGAAGAAGAUGGGAGGGGAGGAGUUCAGCCGGAGGUACCUGCAGCAGCUGGAGGGGGAGAUCGACGAGCUCUACAUCCAGUACAUCAAGCACAACGACAGCAAGAACAUCUUCCACGCCGCCCGCACCCCGGCCACGCUCUUCGUCGUCAUCUUCAUCACCUACGUCAUCGCCGGCGUCACCAGCUUCGUGGGCCUGGACAUCAUUGCCAGUCUGUGCAACAUGAUCAUGGGCUUGACACUUAUCACACUCUGUACCUGGGCUUAUAUCAGAUACUCUGGGGAGUACAGAGAACUGGGAGCAGUAAUAGACCAAGUGGCCGCAGCCUUGUGGGACCAGGGAAGCACGAAUGAGGCCUUGUACAAACUGUACAGCGCGGCCGCGACCCACAGGCACCUGUACCACCACGCCUUCCCCGCCCCGCGCGCCGAGCCCGACGGUCCCGACAGGAAGAAGGUGUGAAUCCCAGCACGUUCCCGCCGAUGCAUGACGGAGGUGGUGGUGCCGCCAUCUCCUCCUCGGAUCCAAGCCCUCACCCUCGUUGUCCACCCCAGAUGCCGCCGGGAGCGGGGAGCGCCGGUGCUGGCACGGCGGUGUCCGUCCGUCCGUCCGGCACAGCCGCAGCCGAGCGCUUUGGGCUGUCCCAGCCAGCGACUCCCAGCUCAUCUUCAAAGCCUUAUUUCCCCCUUCUUAAUUAGUUCCCACUGAGGGAAACAAGUCAUUUACGUGAUACUGCAACUAAAAGAGGCCGAAGCUUAUCCAAAAGCCAAUUUAUUUCAGGUACUUGAACGAGUUAUAACAUGUAACCACUUUUUUUUUUUCCCUUCAAUUAACUAGUUAAUGACAUAAACAUAAUUAAAGGUGUAUUAACUUGCUUUAUCAGACACUGUAAGGGCACUUCUGCUGUUGGAAUGUUAACGAUGUGUGGGGAACGGGGCUGUUUCUGUUUGUCUGCACAAAGUGUCACUUUGUAGCUGUGUUGGAGGAAGUUUCACUGUAUUUCUGUACAUAUUUAUCCAUGAUAGUGCAUAGGACGUGUGGUACAGUUCUAUUCUUUUAUUGUCAGGACUAUUAAAGUUUGCUUUUGGUUCCUAAGAA